AUGCUGCUCUCCAAGCUCAUCCUGCUGCCCGCGGCGGUCGCGUCCUCCGUCACAGUCUACAUGCACUCGGUGCCGUCCACGUCUUCCCCGCAAACCGCCGUCAUCCCCUCGCCCAUUCCACUUGUCCAGAUAUCGUACGAUGCCGACCAAACCACUGGCACUAUAGUCUCUUACACGCCGCCGCAAGGCUCCUACGCUCCAGAUCAUCUGUUGCGCAUAGGCCUCCACGGUAACAAAGAAGGCACUUGGAUGGGCAUCCUUGCAUCAGCAGCGAGCUUCGCGGAGGUGUACACGAAGAAGUUUGUGGUACACCUUGACGAGAAGGGAGAGCCAUACCAUGUUGGAUUCAGCACGAGCGAUAAAGGAGUGGGAGAGGAGCUGGAAGUUCUGGUCGUCAGAAAGGAGGCUGGACCGAAGCCGGUGCUGAACAAACCGGUUGUUCUUAAUGCGGACGGCAGGAUCGACUCGAAAGAGCCAGAGAAGUCGUUCUUGCAGAAAUACUGGUGGAUGAUUGCGAUAUUCCUUGUCGUGCAAUUGGUCGCAGGCGGGGGAAAGGAGUGA